GGUCACUUCCGGUCCCGAAGGGGCGGGGAAGAAGCCGGAAGUCCGGUGAGCUCUGGCAGCCGAGAUGGAGGAGAACGAGUACGAGUCGGUUCUCUGUGUCAAGCCCGAGGUCCAUGUCUACCGCAUCCCGCCGCGGGCCACCAACCGUGGCUACAGGGCCUCAGAGUGGCAACUGGACCAGCCAUCAUGGAGUGGCCGGCUGCGGAUCACUUCAAAAGGGAAGGUGGCCUACAUCAAGCUGGAGGACAGGACCUCGGGGGAGCUCUUCGCACAGGCCCCAGUAGACCAGUUCCCUGGGACAGCUGUGGAGAGUGUGACUGACUCCAGUAGGUACUUCGUGGUCCGCAUUGAAGAUGGAAACGGGCGACAUGCUUUUAUUGGGAUUGGUUUUGGGGACCGAGGGGACGCCUUUGACUUCAACGUGGCAUUACAGGACCAUUUCAAGUGGGUGAAGCAGCAGUGUGAGUUUGCAAAGCAAGCCCAGAACCCAGAUGAAGGCCCCAAAUUGGACCUGGGCUUCAAGGAGGGCCAGACCAUCAAGAUCAACAUCGCAAACAUGAGAAAGAAGGAAGGAGCAGCUGGGACCCCAAGAGCCAGGCCCACUAGCACAGGAGGGCUGAGCCUGCUUCCCCCUCCUCCAGGGGGCAAGUCCUCUACCCUCAUCCCUCCCUCCGGGGAGCAGUUGUCUGUGGGGGGCUCUCUGGUUCAGCCAGCAGUUGUUUGUGGUUCAGGAGGGGCCACAGAACCUUGGCCACAGUCUAAGCCUGCUGCUGCUGCCACUGCUGAUGUCUGGGGCGACUUCACCAAAUCUCCAGGGUCGCCCUCCAGCCAGUCUCAGCCAGGCACAGGCUGGGUCCAGUUUUGACCUGCACAACUUCUCUUCAGUGGACUUCUGGGAAGGAGCUGCCUCAUCCUGGCCAGCGGCAGGAGGCAAAGUGCUUCCUACUGGCCCCUGGAGCAUCACUGCCCUCU